AGAGGGUGCGAACGAUGCCGUACCAUUAGUGUAACCGUCGACAAGAUCUGUUCUCCUACGUAAAAAGUUUGGCUUCCCUGAACUACGACGUUCAGGGAUGUAACAAGAAAGAGGUUGGCAAUAUCGCGGGUCGUUCUCCGUGGAGACGGAUUCGGGUAUCGGGACGACCAAGAAUAGCAAAGAGCAGCACGCGAAUCUAUCCGUCCCGUGGCCGAGCGCUGUCUUACCACCGACCGUUCCCUCCGCUUGCAGCCACUUACGUUAUUUCAUGAGUGAUCUUUCGCACGGUGACGCGCACGGAUUGCGAUUAGCUCGUAUAUGGGGGCAAGGGACGGUGGACGCUUCUUUCGGCGUCUUGAGUCGCGCCUAGUGAAUCGAAGUGAAGUGAUAUCGCCAAGUAGAAAAUCCGGAACAUUGUUGAAGAGAGAGUGAAAAGGAAAAGAGAGGAAAAGAAAAGAAAAGAGAUAGAUAGAUAUAUAUAUAUAUAUAUAUAUAUAUAUAUAGAGAGAGAGAGAGAGAGAGAGACAGAUAGAGGAAAAAAGCAAAAGAGAAAAGAUAGGGAGAAAGAGAUAGAGCGAACGAAGAGAAUUGAGAGUAACAGAGACAGAGAGACGAGAACGUGAAAAAGACAGAGACAGAGAUAGAGAUAGAGAUAGAGAUAGAAGUGGAAGGAGACGAAGAGACCAAGCGCGCAGUGGUUAUAAGGUUGUCGAGCUCGAUUGUGUGUGCUUCGAGGCAAUGUCUCUCGAGACUCGUUCGAGCUCGGCUCUAUUUAAAAGAGCCGAACAGCUGAAACGUUGGGAACAAUCUGAAACAAAUCGAGAGCCGGCCCAACCGCGUCAAGUAACAAGGAAAAUCAAAUUUUCCGAUGAUUGUGUCUUCUUGGCGGCAUGUGCGGCAGGCGACAAGGAGGAGGUUGUGCGUUUACUCCAAAAAGGGGCGGACAUCAACACCGGAAACGUCGAUGGUCUCACGGCGUUGCACCAGGCAUGCAUCGACGAUGAUCUGGAUAUGGUAGAAUUUUUGGUAGAACAAGGAGCAGAUAUAAAUCGUGGGGACAAUGAAGGAUGGACGCCCCUACAUGCUACAGCAUCUUGUGGCUUCAUAUCAAUAGCUAAAUAUUUGAUAGAGCAAGGGUGCAAUUUGGCAGCAGUUAACAAUGACGGCGAAUUGGCCCUUGAUAUCGCAGAAAAGGUUGAGAUGGAAGAUAUGCUACAGCAACAUAUAAAUAAAGCAGGCAUAGAUUGUGAUCAAGCCAGAAGCGAAGAAGAAAGGUCAAUGUUAAAUGAUGCAAGAGCUUGGAGAUCAGGAGCAGCAGGCAAAGAUUCAAUGCAUCCUAGAACAGGAGCUACGGCACUUCAUGUUGCUGCUGCUAAAGGCUACAUCAAAGUCAUGAAUAUUCUCCUUCAGGCUCGAUGCGAUGUUAAUGCACAAGAUUUCGAUGGAUGGACACCUUUACAUGGUGCAGCUCAUUGGGGUCAAUUAGAAACUUGUAAACUACUUGUGGAUAAUUUUUGUGAUAUGGACAUAAAAAAUUAUGCAGGACAAACUGCUUUUGAUGUUGCUGAUGCAGAUAUUUUAAAAGAUUUAGAAGAAUUGAAACAAAAACAAUUAACUAUGAUGAAAGAUCAUCCACAAAUAAUUAAUAAAAAACAACCUUCUGUACCAAAGAAACGUAUUUCAACUAGUACUGAUAAUACUGUAACGACACAAGAGAAUCCUGAAAUUCUAGAAGAGGAAACGCCAAAUAAAGUUAAAAAAGUAGAAGUGGAAAUUCAAUCUGAUAAAGACGAUUCUAGUACUGGAACGAAUAGCGACGUCGAAGCAACACGAGAAACAGAUAUGGAAGAGAGUGAUGGCGAAGUUGUUUCUGAAACUAGCUCAGAAUCACGCUCUUCCACCUGCUCCAAUCAGUCUGAUAAGUCUAACCAAUCAAACCAUUCCACAUGUCUUACAGAUGAUGAAAAGAAAAACAGAGUGAACAAAGAGGAAACUGCAAGUCAUUCUCCGCUAUCUCCUAUUGAAAUCAAUAAAGUUCCUAAUCAAGCUCCAGUAUUGCCUCCUAAGCAGCAAACUGAUAAUAAUGAAGAGGGAGUUGUUCCAUCCUGGAGGCGUUCAGGCUCUUUCAGAAGUAGAAUACAAAAUGUAGAAGAACUUGAAGAUAAGGACAAGAGUACUAAGUUGCUAAAUACACCAAACAAAAUUACUACUGAACCGGAGGUAGUAUUAAGAAGAACACACAGUUUUGAGACAGACGAGAAGUUCUAUGAGCAGUACUUGGCAUUACACGCUCGUAUCAAGGCAUCUUCCUGCCCUACUCUCCAUCGUUGUAACGCAGUUUCUCCUACUCACACCAAUGCUACAACACGUUCUGCAUCUCUGCGCGAAACACACAGAAGGAAAGAAAUCAAAUUAAAUUUGGAAUUAUCAAGAACGCCACAGGGAAGCAAUACACUUUCACCAACAUCUCCAUCUAAAACAUCACCACUAAGUGCACUGCCAACUACAACUACUACAACUGCCAAUACAAUGACGACGACAAUUGCUACUAGUCCUGUUCCUGUGAAUCAGAUACGCAGUGUUCAACCAAUGGAAGCUACAUCUACACUUCUAUCGAGUGCAAACAAUACUGUACCAGUAUCUGGAACUCCCACUACACCUGGAGGGAGCAAGCUAAGUCCAGGAAAUAUCUUCAAGAAUUUCUUCAAAUCCUUUGUCCCACCUGUUCGUGAUGAAGAAAGUGAAACGCAAAGAAAAGCACACGCGAAGAGAGUACGAGAAACUCGGCGUUCGACUCAGGGAGUAACAUUAGAUGAAAUCAAAAGUGCAGAACAACUUGUAAAGAAAAAACAACAAAACAACGAAGUGCCCAGUUUGACAGCACCUUCUCCGCAGCAGCCUGCAGCUUCUGUCAGCAAUACAGCCUCAAUCACAGCUACAAUAACAACAGCAACUCCUACCACAGUGACUGCAAAUAAACCUUCUGAAGAAUCUAAUUUGCCUGAAAGGCGACCUUCUUGGAGACUCAGGGUAGAUAAUGGAAGCAAGUUUCAGUUAGAGGAUGCAAAUAACAGGUCACCUGACAUUACAUCUACUUAUAUGAGAAGGCCAUCCGGUGGAACUGGUAUACCCAGACCAUCAUCUGCACCUGUGGAAACAAUGACGCCAAGUCCUGCAGAAACUACUGUAACAUUACCACUUCGACGAUCAUUAAAACCAUCUGAAGACAAAGAACAAGAUAAAGAAAAUGAUAGCAGAAAUGCACAAGCUACUCAAGCAGUUAUACAAAGGAGAAGGAGGCCUAAAAGACGUUCUACGGGUGUCGUUCAUGUUGAUAUGGAUGAAAUAGAUCCUGAGAAACAAGACGUAUCUGCUGGUGGUGAUUUUGAGGAUACUAAAGUGAAUCACAGUGAGGGAACACAAGGAAAGCCUACAACAGCUGCAGGUUUAAGAGCUCAAGCAUCAGCAAAUGGAAGUUCCAUUUUUGGAAAUAGACCGCGGAGUGUACCUACAUUAUUUUCUUUGAAUCAAAAUAGUUAUGCAACCUUGUUAGGGAUUAGUAAUGUUAAUUCAUAUAGUACUCCAAGCUUUUUAAAUAAAAAUACAAAGAAUACUGGAUCUUUUAGAAAAAAUCCGUAUUCCAAUUCUACAAACAGUUUAAAUUAUCAAAAUUCAUUCACAACAUACGGUGGAACAUCUUCAGGAUAUGGCGGUGUUAUUUUGCCAUCUCAUUCAUCAAAUAGCUCUCUGAAUCUCGCAACGCCAUCUUCUAGUUAUAGUUAUAUGAAUUUAAGUCCAAACAAUCAUUCGUCGUUGCAAAGAACUGAGAGUUUUAACAAAACAAAAUUGAAAUCAAACGCUAGUCUGAGUUCUAGAAGUGCCAGCCUGCAAAGUUUAACCAGUUCUGAAGGAUACGCAAGUGGAAAUGAUAGACCUGGGAGGUCGAAUAGACUAGGUUCUGUAUCAUCAAUAUCAUCUGAAAUAUCGUCAGCUUCAACGAGAAUCAAAUCUACGACUUCAGAAAAUGGUGAAAUUGACUAUAAAAAAUUAUAUGAAGAAUCUCAAGCAGAAAAUGAAAGACUUAGAGAAAAGCUUAAGCGAUCAGAUGAACAAUUGAAAGAAGUUAGAAGUUUAUUAGAUAAAGCACAGAAUUCCCAGAACAAGUCUGUUUUAUCUGAGGCAGAAAAAAGGGAAAGGAGGGCCAUGGAGAGAAAGUUAUCAGAAAUGGAAGAAGAAUUAAAGGUUAUGGAUCAAUUAAAAUGUGAAAACCAGAGGCUAAAGGAUGAAAAUGGUGCCUUGAUCAGAGUGAUCAGUAAAUUAUCCAAAUAACUUCAGUGCUCCCACGUUAAAAGCAACAUGAAUCCUUUUUAGUUGUGCUGCUCCUGCAUUGAUUGAAUUCUUUUAAAUGGUACAACAUAUUCAUUAUAUUAAUAUUCUUAUAAUGUAUAUUGUAUCAUCAUAUUAUUGAUGAAUUUAUUCUUGUGCUAGAAACUUAAUUUAUUAUAAGUAAUAUCAGUUACUCGCGUGGCUGUGCCAAGAGCGACAAUGUUUUGCUCCUAUUCCUACGAUCUUAUAUAUAUUUGAUCAUAAAGCAAAUUUAGAAUUUUUAUUAUCUUGAAUUUUCUUCUUUCAGUCAAAGAUAAAUUUCUUAGAUCAUGAUAGUGCCAAUACUACAUGAAAAACAGAUUGAAUUUUAUUCAAUCCGUAUGUAAAUCCAUUCUUUUAUUAUAACAACAAUUUUAAUUAAUCAUGCUGUUAAUGUUGACUCUUUCUAAGCACAUUUUGUAAAUAUAUAGUAACUUGUGCGAAACGUUCUACCCUAUGGGAUACAGAUACAUAUACAUAUACAUAUAUACAUAAUUAAAGUAGAGUUUACUAUUUAUAUAUUAUCUUUCUGACAUUCGUCCUUAAAAAUCUAUAAGUUACAAUUGCCAUGGCAUUUUAUAAAAUACAUAGAACAAAGUGAGAAAGCUGUGGAUUAAAGAGAUGAUUUUCACAGUACUAAAGUGGCCUUUUUCUAAAGACUGUCUUUUUAAAUCUUUUAUCAUCAUAAUUUUUUUUCAAUUGAACGUUUCAAUUAUCAUAGUGGCAACUUUUUUAUGCUAUUUUGCUGCUUGUUUCUAAUAAUAAUGCAGCAGAUGUCACGUUGGAAUAAUAAAAUUAAUAUGCUGUCUUAUAUUUCUCCAAAGUACUAUGUGCAUAGCAUUAAUGCAUAUAAACAUUUGGAAUUUUAUUAAAAAUUGUUAAUUUUAACGAAUUUACUAAUACAUAUACCAGAUAGAUUGAGCAUAUUUUUGCAAUAGCGUUCGUGAAAAAGAGUAUUAACUUUGCAUCUGAUUAGGUUUGUAAACCGUAUUCAUAGGCAUGGCAUUUUUUCAGCAGCAGCAGCAGCUCUUUAUAUAAAAUUUUAUAGAAAUGAUACAGUUCAGACAUAUGUCUAAUUUUGAUGUACUGAGAAAAAUGUCUCGUUAAUGAAUACGGCUCUACAUAUUUAUAAGUAAUUGAAAGAAAAAGAUAUCGUACAAGUGACAUUGUGUUUUUUAACAAUUUUAUUGUAAACGAUUGUAAAAAGAUAUAUGGAGGUAGUUGUUUCAUAA